AUGUGUUUGGCAAAAAUUAGUAGGAAUCCUAUCAACACUUCCCCUAGAACCCACUCGGUGAAGUGUGACUUACCUGAGGAUUGCCAUCAAUCGGUACUAUAUGGUACUGAUCACGGAUAUGCAUUAACACAUAGAUUGCUGUUUCUGCAAGUUGCUCGCUAUGCACGACGUUGUCACGUGGUCUCGGAGUUGGAGGAUACAAAACUACGCAACAAGUUUUGUUCACUUUGUUACCGCGAGUGCUUGUAUAUUUCCAUGAAUGAGUUUCAGGAUAUUGACUUAUUUUUGGAACAUAUUUACUUCUGCUCUCUCGAGGGACACUCUCAAUUCAUCAGACGUCGUUGGCUGGCCAAAAUAAUAAAAUCUCAGACGAGAGAAGGCUGCUUUCCAGAUUCUCUCGAUUAUAAGAAAAAUAUAAGAUCGGGAAGAAUAGGCGACGAUGAUGGCACUAAAAUUAAUAAAAGAUUUAGCAUUCUUGGCGGUCGAUGUAACGCUCACACUACAUCUUUGGCAGCGGGGGUUUUGGCCGCAGCCGUCAGAUUUAUAUUGGAAACAUUUUAUUAA